AUGACAAAGGCAACAACUUCAGUAGUAGUGGGGCAACUCGCAUGUCAAAAGGAUUCUUUCUGCCUUGACAAUUUCCAAACCACAGUAAUCUCCUGUAAGGAGCUCAAAGGAACACCCACCAAAUACGAGGUUGAACUACAAGACACCAUCCUGUUCCCAGAGGGUGGCGGACAACCCAGUGACACAGGAACCAUCACCAUUGUGUCAUCUGGUGAUAUUAUUCCCGUGAAAUACGUUUAUAGGGUUGGAUUACAUGCUAAUCAUAUGGUCUCCCAGUAUAUUGAGCCGGGCACUAAAGUCGACCUGACGGUGGAUUCAGAAAAGAGAAUCGAUUACAUGCAGCAACAUACGGGCCAACAUUUGUUGAGUGCUCUAUUGGAAUCUCAGUAUGCAUUGAACACUCUAUCGUGGUCCAUGGGUGGUGUCCCCAAGGAGAAGAACGGGAUUGCCAUUGAGUUGGAACCAAGUGAUUAUUUCAAUUAUAUUGAAUUAUCAAGAAAGUUAACUGAGGAGGAGAUUAAGAAUGUGACAACAUUAAUGAGGAAGUACAUUGUCUUGGAUCCUCAGGUUAUUACUGUUAAAGAGAGAAAUCCGCAGGAAACUGUCACUGAUGACGCUAGUUUCUCUAAGAUUCCGGAGGAUUAUGAUAUGACCAAUGGGGUCAUAAGGACCAUUCAUAUUGGAAAUUUGGAUUCCAAUCCAUGUUGUGGUACUCAUUUGAACUCUACAGCUACUAUUGGCGGUAUAUUGAUUUCAAGAAAUCAAACUUCUGUCAGAGGUACUAAUUCAAGAUUGUAUUUCAUGUGUGGUAAUCGUAUUGCGCAAUAUGGUGAAUUUGCCAAUGAUACAUUAUUGAAGUUGAAAAGUAGUUUCAGUUGUGGAGAAACUCAAAUCAUGGAGAAAGUUGAACAGCAAAAGGAGCAAUUACAAAAGAGUAACAAAAGAGAGCGUUUUUGGAUUAAAGAACUGGCAAUUUUGGAGGCAAAAAAGAUUUUGCUAAAUCUGAAAGAUAUAAAGGGAAGAACAUAUUUAUUAAAGGAUGAAUUUGGUACUCUGGAGUAUUUAUUGGCCAUAUUUAAAGAACUUUCAAGUGUCCUAAAGGAGGAACAAAACAACUAUAAAGAAUAUCUAAUUGUCCUAUGCGGUAGAGAAACACAGACAAAAACCGGGCCGUUAAUGAUCAUAUCUGAAUCAGGAGAGAAAAUUAAUGAAGUUUCAACAAAAUUAUCUUCAAUGAUUGAAACUUUGAAAGGUGGCGGUGGAAAGAAGGGAGGUAAAUGGCAAGGAAAGAUAUCCUCAUUUAGCAAUAAUGACUGGGACAGCCUUGCACAUUAUCUGAAUACUGAUUAUAUGGAACAACAUUAA